UGGUGCAUUGUGGGAAACUCCUGAGCGCUCCUCGGUAUCUGCAGCCGCCGCCCGCUGUCGUCCCACCCGCGAAGCGAGUGCGCAGUGAGUGCGCAGCGAGAAGCUGGAGGCCCGAAGAAAGACACCCAUAUAAUGCCCAGAGGUGAGCUGUCCUGAGACAUUGUGAUCCAGUGCCUGCCAGUCCCGCAAGCCCCAAGCCAGCUGCCAGCACAAAUCAUCAUGGAAUCCCGAGGAAAGUCAGCCAGCAGCCCCAAGCCAGACACCAAGAUGCCUCAGGCCACAGCUGAGGCCAAGGCCACUCCAGCAGCUGAUGGGAAAGCCCCCUCGACCAAGCCUGUGAAGAAGGACACCCAAACAGAGAAGCAGGAGCAACCAGCAGCCCCUGGGCCAGCAACUACCAAGAAGACACCGGCCAAGGCAGACCCUGUUCUUCUCAACAAUCACAGCAAUCUGAAGCCAACCCCCACAGUGCCUGCAGCCCCCAGCAGUCCUGACGCAACCUCAGAGCCGAAGGGUCCUGGGGAUGGGGCAGAGGAGGAUGAGUCCAACACUGGAGCCCGAGGUCCCUGGCCUUGUGAGAACUUGACCCCUUUGUUAGUGGCUGGGGGUGUGGCUGUGGCCACCAUGGCCCUAAUUCUUGGUGUAGUCUUCCUAGCCCGGAAAAAAUGAUGCCUGGUGUCCAGGUGGAGGCACAGAGCCACUUUCUGUACAGACCUGAAUAUAUAGUGCAUGCAAGAUCCUAGAUACUUAUCUAUACACACACACACACGUAUAUGUAUGCUACAUACAUCCAUGCAGCAGGAGAGAGACCGACAGUGAACCCACCUCCACUGACCCCAGCACACUCUCUCCCAAGUUCUGGGGCAAGAGCCCAGCUCUGCAGUUUGCAGGAAGCACUAGCAUGGGGCAGGAGGGAUAGCCUGGACUAGGAACAGUCGCUGGGUGGGGCCCUGAAAGAGAAGUGGUGGAGGAGACUGGCCCUGUGGGGACAUUAAGGGCACGGCUGUUUUACUCUCCCCACUUCUAUUUUGUGCGUCUGGGGGCUGUCUGUCUGGGCCUGAUGCAGGGGAACCGACCUGCGGUGGGAAUUCAAAUCUGCAGAGCUACCUCCACCCACUGUCCCUGUCCUGGCUGAGUGAAAACGCCAAGCUUAACAGCUAAAUUUGUGGUGGGAUUCCCCCUUCCCUUUUUCAGUAUGUGCCCCAGGAGAGCUCCUGAGGCUAGGACCACCUUACUCCAUGCCCAGAGCAGCAAUUGGUUUUUUUUUGGGGGGGGGGAGGUUGAAAGCCUGGCGUGGAGGUAGGAAAUAUGGAGGAUCCACAUUACAGUUGUGCCAGCCCAAUACCCCCCAAAAGACUACCCUGCCUGCCUGCACCCAACACCCCCUUGAGUCUCACAGCGUAUAAAUGCAAUAACACAGGUAGAGUAGAACUGCCCAGUGGGUGACAAUCACCCACUGCCUGCAGGAAGACCUGCUGUGCAGCCCCUCAGAGUGCGUCUGGCCCCAGCUUGCCCCAUGGUGUGGUGACAGUGGGCAGGUUUCCAGAAGGCUACAGUGGGCUCUAAGGAAACAUUGCCCUCACCUGGCCAGUGGCUGUAGGGACCUUGGGCCUGAGUGGAGGCUGAGUGUGAAAUAAACUGUUACAAUAUAAAGGCUGGGCUGGUGUCCUCACCU